GCGCCAUGUCCCUGCGCGGCGGCCUCGCGCGGCUCCUGCGCACGCGGGCGGACGCGGCGCCGCAGCCGCCCCGGCGCGCGCGCUCCGUGGCGCUGGUGGGAGCGCCGCUGUCCCGGGGGCAGAAGCGGCGGGGAGUGGACCACGGCCCCGCGACCCUCCGCGCCGCGGGGCUGGUGGAGCGGCUGGCCGGGCUCGGAUGCCAAGUGCAUGACUUUGGAGAUUUGGAUUUCACUCAAGUUCCCAACGAUGAACUGUACAACAACCUGGUUUUGUAUCCUCGGUCGGUGGGUUUGGCCAGCCAGGUACUGGCUGAUGCUGUCAGCAGAGCAGUAGCUGCUGGACACAGAUGUGUGACUCUAGGAGGUGAUCACAGCUUGGCACUUGGUUCCGUCAGUGGCCAUGCACAGCAGUGCCCACACCUUGGAGUGAUCUGGGUGGAUGCACAUGCUGAUAUCAACACGCCUCUCACAACUCAGUCUGGAAGCCUCCAUGGACAACCUCUCUCAUUUCUCUUGAGAGAGCUUCAAGAUAAAGUACCACAACUUCCUGGCUUUUCCUGGAUAAAGCCCUGUCUUUCAGCAUCUGAUAUUGUGUACAUUGGUUUGAGGGAUGUGGAUCCUGCUGAAUACUAUAUUUUGAAGAAGUAUGACAUCCAGUAUUUUUCCAUGAGGGAUAUUGAUCGCCUUGGAAUUCGGAAAGUUAUGGAAAGAACAUUUGAACAACUGAUGGGCAGGAGACAGAGACCAAUUCACCUGAGUUUUGACAUUGAUGCUUUUGAUCCCUCACUGGCUCCAGCAACGGGGACUCCUGUUCUAGGUGGAUUAACUUACAGAGAAGGCAUGUACAUCACAGAGGAAAUACACAACACAGGAAUGCUUUCAGCUGUAGACAUGGUUGAAGUCAAUCCAUUGCUUGGAGCUUCUCAAGAAGCAGUGAAUGCAACUGCUAGUCUUGCAGUUGAUGUGAUAGCAUCGUGCUUUGGGCAGACAAGAGAAGGAGCACACACCGCUUUUGAUGGACUCCCAACACCCAGUUCUCCAGAUGAAUCUGACAGUGAAGAGCAAGUGAGGAUUUAAGAACCCAAAGCAGUGGGUAUAUUGGACAUUGCAGAGCUCGGCUGAGGCACUUCAGUGGAUAGAUUGUCAACACUUGGCAAAUACUGUUAACUUCUCAAUUUUUAAAUAAACUAGCUUUUCCAUUGAUUGGUGGCUACUUUAUUACAUACCAAAAUUUAUUCAUUCAGUUAAGUAUAUACAAAAUGAGACAAUAAAAUAUUUAUUACCUUCUUAUUAAUCUUA